AUGACCGUCAAGAAACGCCAAAAAGCUCUGGCGAGUGGGAGACCGCCUGUGAGCAAGCCGAGGGAACGAAUGACUGCGCAGCGUUCCAGGACCAUCAUACGCACUCACCACCGCUUACACAAGCAGCUUGCGGCGGCGCAGAAGAUUGGGGAUUCGCGAAAAGCUCAAGAACUCGAGACUGAAAUCGAGAAAAACGGUGGAAUUGCUCUGUAUCAGGCGGCAAGUAAGCAAGGACAAGCCAGCGACCGUGGCGGCGACUCGAGCAAAUUGCUCGUUGAGUGGUUGGCUGAACUCGGUGUUCUCGAUCGCAAAGCUCGAGGCAAGAGGCGGACAGAGAACGUAUCUUUGAGGUGUCUCGAAGUGGGCGCUCUUUCCACCACAAAUGAGAUCUCGAAGUUUCCCAGCCUUAUCGAGAUGACGAGGAUCGACCUCAAUAGUCAAGGCGCUGGCAUCGAGAAGCAAGAUUUCACAAGGCGACCUCUACCCAAGUCUGACGAAGAGCGGUUUGACAUUGUAUCCUUAUCGCUGGUCCUCAACUAUGUUCCUGACGCUCCUGGCCGUGGAGCGAUGCUUCAGCUGAUCCCUCAAUUUUUAAGGACAGCAGUGACUACAUCAAGUGCCAGCCUGCCGUUGCUUUUUUUCGUCCUACCUCUCCCAUGUAUCGAAAACUCCAGGUACAUCGAUGAGCCUCGAAUGCUGGAGAUUAUGAGUUCCAUUGGCUUUGCACUUACGAAGAAGAAGCUGACUGCAAAGUUGAGCUACUACCUGCUUCACUGGACAGGGCCGGUGAACCCCACUCGAUUCGAGAAGAAGCAGAUCCGAAGCAGCCCUGGGAUGAACAACUUCGGCAGUUUGUUCGCGAGAUCAUAG